AUGGCUACAACUUCUACCACGCUGCACAGUCACCAGACGCGCCGCCAAAACGCCCUUGCCGACAUCCAUUUCGCUUCAAUUGCCGAGGGGGACCUGACGCCAUCAGAGGAUGAGAGCCCGGAAGAAAGAGCCAUAGAGCUGGAGACGGCACAGUCAGCGAUUGGCAUUAGCAUAGGAAGGCAGCAGACUCGUCUAACAUCCCCAAAGACGCCGGCUGCUGAGAAGGCGGCCGCACUGGACGAAACCGAAGAUGGGGCUUUCUUCGAUAGCUGGCAAGAAACGACUGAUGCGGCACUGGAACCCAAGACAACACCGCGCACAGAGACUGGCAAACCAAGCCAACAACGUGAAUCGGAACCAGCACCCAUGCAAACGGCCAGUAAUGACCAGCGUGAAAGACAAUCCGAUCCCCGCGCGCGCCUGCCCUCGCCCUGGCGAGCAGGACCGAAGACGUUCCAGAAGGAGAAACCGGGCGACCACCGCUCUGUGCUCAAGGAGACGCUACAGGGACGACGUCGGGCAUCUUCAGGCGGCGCCAUGGGGGAUGCCGUACGCAAAUACUUGCCCUUUCACCUACCGUCCUCUAUUACGAAGUCCUACAAAGACCUGCAUUUCUCGCUUCCGAGUCUAUCAGCAUUAUCACUCGAUAGCGAACGAGGAUGGCCUGCCCCGCGCACUUUUGAUAGACGGAGACGCGACACUAUUGCUAGCAGCAGACCACCUAACAGCAUGCCACAACAUAGUACUCAGGAUUCCACCCCAGAAGAGCCUCGAAGCGCAUCGAGAAGCCCUUCACAGACGCCACGACAGCCGAACACGGCUCCACUACCCCAGCGUGAGUUUAGCGAUGAUAGCACCUCCACCAUCGGCCCGUCGCCUUCGGGACCCAGCGAACGACCGACCCCCAGACUACGCAGAUCAAACUCGGAGGGCUCUUUGCUGGUAUACCGUACAAAAUCCUUCGCAUCGUCCCUCGGGGAUGACACACGUUUCGAGAGUGUACAGGAACAGGUCAACAGUAGACUGAAGGCAAUCAGAGACAGCUGGCAAGACGCAAACUUCAAGCUGCCAAGCCCUUCGUUUCCUAAUUUCAAUUUGGGCUCUAGUACCGAGUUGUUCAAGAGUCGUAAUGGGAGCACCGCAUCGAAGACGCGCGAACCCGACCAGACGACGGUUCCUCGAUCGAAUUCGCGCAGCAAUUUGCCUGCCACAGAGGCCCGCCGCAACUCGGUCCGAAAGAAACGCCCGUUGCCGCGACAUGGAGAUACGGACACUGAACCGCAUCCUUUCUUCAUACAAGCCCUACAAGAGCUUGAGGGAGACGUCGUUGUGCUGGGGGGCUACCGUGGAUCUGUGUUGCGGUCUGCGGAACCGCCACAUCGCCAACUAUGGGUGCCAAUCAAGGUUGGACUGAAUCUACGCAAGGUAGAUUUAGAAGUGCCUUUGGAUCCAGAUGCAGAUGAGCGAAUGGAGGAGAGUAUCAUUCCGAGUGGUAUGCUCACUCACAUUGGCCCUGUUGAUAUUGCCAAACGACUAUUGAAGCGUCUUAAUGGGUGCGACAACGCUAAAGACGGAAAGCUUAGAGUCCACAACUAUGGUUAUGACUGGCGACUUUCUCCACACUUUCUUAGUCGUCGUAUGAUUCAAUUCUUAGAGUCACUGCCAUGCAAUCAGCCUGGCGUUCCUCCUGAGAAACGAGGUGCUAUAGUAAUCGCACACUCGUUGGGCGGUUUGAUCACACGUCAUGCCAUCAACCAGCGACCAGAUUUAGUAGCGGGAGUCGUGUAUGCGGGUGUACCUCAAAGAUGUGUCAAUAUCCUCGGUCCAUUCCACAAAGGCGACGACGUCAUGUUCUCUUCACGAGUACUCACUGCACAAGUUAACUUCACCAUCCGGACCUCGUUUGCCCUCUUACCUCUCGACGGAAAGUGCUUCAUCAACAAGCACACGAAAGAAGAGUACCCCAUCGACUUCUUCGACGUAAACACCUGGAAAGAACACCGCCUAUCACCCUGCAUAGCAGCACCCCUGCCCCGACCCGAACCACCCAAAGACAGCAACUUCAGCGUCACGGGCCUAAUGAACGCCGUCUCCCAAGCCCUCCCCACCUUCCCCCAACGCAAAAGCAGCACCGCAAAAGAAACCGCCGACAUGGCCCGCAACGCCGCAAACAACGUCACAGAAAGCAGCGCCGAACAAGCCGGCAUGGGCCCCCAAAUGGGCCACGAGCACCACACCACCAACACGCCCACGCCCACAUCCAAAGAGCCCAACCCCGUCACAAACAUCACAAUCCCCUACCCCGCAGCCGUCGCAUACCUCACCCGCAUCCUCGCCGAAGUAAAACAAUUCAAACAAGAACUCGCCCACAAUCCGCACCACACAGCCUCCAACGCAUACCCGCCCAUCGCCCUCAUAUACGGUAAAUCAACCCCGACAGUCUACGGCGCCAAAGUCGAAAGCAAAGAGCUUAUCAAACGCGCGGAUUGCUAUGAUGAACUUGCUUUUGCGAGCGGGGAUGGCGUGGUGCUUGCGAGGGCCGCCAUGGUACCCGAGGGGUAUAGUGUUGUUAGGGGGGGCGUGGUGUCGAGUGAUCGCGGGCAUGUUACGUUGUUGGGGGAUUUGGAGGCGGUGGGGAGGUGUUUGCGUGCUGUUGUGCAGGCGAGGAGGAGUGGGGUUGGGUUGGGGGGGAAUGGGCGGUAG